AUGAGCACCGAGUCUCUACAUGCGCUUCAUGAGGAGAUGACGUUCAACAAGGGGCUCGUUGAGAACAUUGAGUGUGUGCUGCUUCCCCCGAAACCAAGUGGGAGAGGACGGAAGUUGAAGCUCGAAACACCGAUGAUGAGAGCAGCGGAUGCUUUGGGGCUCUCAACACAUUCGAUAGACACCUUUACCAACUGGGAGCCACCCCAGUCAAUAAAUCUGAUUGUGGUGGUUUCUUUUGGGCUGUUCGUUCCCAAAAGAAUACUGAGAAGUGUCAAAUACGGCGGGUUAAACGUCCAUCCCUCGCUCCUCCCAGAUCUUCGUGGGCCAGCCCCCAUCCAUCAUGCUGUCCUACGGGGAGACGAGUUCACGGGGGUCUCACUGCAAACGCUGGAUGAAGAAAAGAUUGAUCACGGCGUCGUGCUUUCUCAGACCCCGGCGCCGGGUAUGAGAAUCCUGCAGCACCCGACGCUGUCGCGUGUGAAUCGUAAGUUAGCGAUGGAGGGCGCGGACCUACUAGUCCAAGGGCUGAGAGAUGGCGUCCACAUUGCGCCCUACGAGGAUGCUGGGUGGAAAGCCAAGGAGCUGGAGGGACAGCCGCUGCAGCACGCACCCAAGAUUACCAAGGCGGACAUGCAGAUCGACUGGCUGGAGUGGACGGCUGAGGACUGGAGGCGGCGCAUCCAGAUAUCACAGGGCGUCUGGACGAUGGUCGCCUGCUCGUUAAAGGGGGAGGUGUUGAUCCGGCGGCUCAUCUUCCAUGACGUGAUGGAGGUGCCGUUUGAGGAAGUGAGCGGCCUCAGGGCGACCAUAGAGGUCGUCACACAGCGGGAGAACGAGGAGGAGCAGCGCCUCAGGAAGCUUAUCGCCAUAAACGCCCGCGGGGGGUUCAUCUACAUACUGCUGGACAGGUAUAGGUGGGUUCGCGUCCGGCGGGCCACACUCGAGGGCAAGAUGGAGAAGCCGGCAGCUGCAGCGAUCCAGGACUUUGUCGUUGCGUACACGGACAGCGACAAGCCGCCCGCGAAAGGAAAGCUCAACAAAUGGAAAGGCCGGGAUCAUUUCGCCUCCCAAUCUGAGGAAUGA